GACCAGCAUCAAAACCUUUGCACAUUGCUUGAAAGUGGAGAGAGGGAUAAUGGCGGCGGCGGCAAACGACAUCGCAGGAGUACCUACUACUGAAGAAGAGCAGCAGCAAGUUGUAAAUCCAUGGGAGGUUUCAGCUAAAGACGGAGGCAAAAUUGACUACGACAAACUCAUCGAUAAGUUCGGCUGCCAAAGGCUCGAUCAGCAAUUGAUUGAUCGAGUUCACCGUAUCACAUCUCGACCUCCCCAUGUCUUCCUCCGCCGUGGCGUCUUCUUCGCCCACAGGGAUUUUAAUGAAAUUCUCGAUGCUUUUGAGAAAGGACAGAAGUUCUACUUGUAUACGGGAAGAGGUCCGUCAUCUGAAGCUCUGCAUUUGGGUCAUUUAAUCCCUUUCAUGUUCACUAAAUAUUUGCAGGAUGCUUUCAAGGUUCCUCUGGUAAUACAGCUAACUGAUGAUGAAAAGUGCAUGUGGAAAAAUUUAUCAGUGGAGGAGUGCAAGAGACUUGCUAGAGAAAAUGCCAAAGACAUAAUUGCUUGUGGAUUUGACAUUUCUAAAACCUUUAUCUUCCAGGAUUUCAAUUAUGUUGGUGGUGCCUUCUAUGAGAAUAUGGUGAGGAUUAACAAAUGUGUCACCUACAAUAAGGUUGUCGGCAUUUUUGGCUUUUCAGGAGAAGAUCAUAUUGGGAAGAUAAGUUUUCCAUCUGUUCAGGCUGCUCCCUCCUUUACCAGUUCAUUUCCGCACUUGUUCCAUGGCAAUAAUAAUAUUCGCUGCUUGAUUCCUUGUGCGAUUGACCAGGAUCCUUACUUUCGGAUGACACGAGAUGUUGCUCCUCGGUUGGGUUAUCACAAGCCUGCUUUGAUUGAGUCAUCGUUCUUUCCUGCUUUACAGGGAGAGAAUGGGAAGAUGUCUGCUAGUGAUCCUAAUUCGGCUAUAUAUGUGACCGAUUCUGAGAAGGAAAUAAAAAACAAGGUGAACAGGUAUGCAUUCUCUGGUGGGCAAGACUCUAUAGAAAAUCACAGAAAAUAUGGAGCAAAUCUUGAGGUCGAUAUUUCCGUCAAAUACCUUAGUUUUUUCCUGGAGGAUGAUGUCGAACUUGAACACAUAAAACAGGAAUAUGGUGCUGGUCGCAUGCUUACAGGUGAAGUGAAGAAGCGACUGACUGAAGUUUUAACAACACUGGUGGAAAGACAUAGGAGGGCCCGGGAAUUGGUCACAGAAGAGAUGGUGGAUGCUUUUAUGGCCGUGAGACCUCUUCCUAAUAUGUUCAACUAACUAAUAAGAAGGCAGAGAUUCUACUUUUUUUGCGUGAUUAUGAUUCCUGUUAAGACCGACACCGAUGGACCUCUACACUUUCAAAACAUAUCUUUGUUUUCACUUUGAUUAAUAUCAAUGAAUAUUGUCUUUAAUUUAGUUAAA